AACUUCUUUUUCACUUUCACCCAGAGGUUGAUUCACUUCCUCAGAGCUGGAGGCCAUGUGACAAGCGUAAAGUCCAUACAGGAAGAUGGGAGUCAGUUGAUAUCACAAACAUAUCCUGUUACUCUUAGGGAAAGUUUGGAGGAAGGGGGAAAAAAAGAGUGGCUUUGAUAUGGUAUCACAGUUAUAAGCUUACAUUUCUGUGUAAUGCUCAAUAAACGUAAUGUUUUACUAAAUUCCCCAGUGCCUCACAAUCAUGCAGCAUAGAAUAAAAAACAGGAAGGUGGGUGGAUGGAGUGAUAAAAUAGCCUGAAAUUAGUCCUACUGUAAUAAUGACAUGCUCUUUUUUUUUUUUUUUUAAAGAUCUAAUCCUUUGGUUAGUUUCCUUUCACUUUUAUUUUCAGCUCUCAAGGCUUUUCACUUUCUUUAGCAGGCAUAAUGUUUACUGUUUAGCAUCUACAUGAAAACUUAAGGAUUCACCAUUAUAACUCUUCAGGGCAUUCAAUAGUUGUCGACACACAUUUUACUAAAAGCCAAACAUGUCAACCCUGUGGGGGUGCUAAAAGAAAAGUCAGGAAAUGACCAAAGUCAGGACAAUAUGUAAACAAAAUUGAAUGCCUUCCUUUCAUGAAACAUGUUAAGUGCAAGUUUGUUAACUGAAAAGCCCCUAAUAUUUUAGACAGUUUCAUUACUAUUAUCAUAUACAUUAAUAUAGAAAUAAGAAACCGAAAGUUUUAAUACGUGUUUUUAGCAAGUGAUGAUACCUGAGCUGCUCAGAUGACUUUGAAGUGGAGAAUGAUUUGAUGACUUCAUAGAACGUUGAUUUGUCUUUCAUUUGGUUUUGUAAAUCUUAUCAACCACAAAAUAUUUCCUUUAUUCCUGUGAGAUUCCAGUAUCCACUUUAAUGGACCCCACAUCCUUUUCACCAGGAUUUCCCCACAUGAGGUAGACUGUUUUUUUAACAGUUACAUAUACUGUAGCAAUGGAGCCAUUCCUUUCUUGCAUUGUUUGUGACUCAUCAUAUAACUGUUGAGUUACAGAGAGACCAUUUAGCGGAAGAGUAGCAUGCAACUCUGCCUGUUGAGUAUAUACAGAAUUGGCUACUGUUGACAUACUGAAGAGACCUCCGUUUACCUUGACCCUCAUCAGCAAGCCAGCUUCAAAAAAAGAAAUGGGUAUCUUCCUCCCUUACAUCCUAAAUCCAGAGCCAGUUUCCUGUUAACUGAUAACCUUUCUAUUAUCUGCUAACAGGGAGGUCAGAACAAGAGGGAGAAGUAACGGUGUCAGACUCCGCUGUCUUCUUGGAAAACACUUUCCAGUCAGGGCCUAAUUAGUAAUGUAUUUUUGGACAACAUGACCAACAAGCUUUUGGGGGGUUUGACUGUAUGAAUCCACAUCCAGAUGUGUGACGGUUAUCACUUCAUGUCUACCAAGUUGUGCUGACCUUCUCUGGCGCCUGCUGUCAUCAUGUCCCAGACUAACAGCUCUCUCCUGGAUGAGGUGGUACAGUGGAAUCAGGAAACCUGUCGCCAGGAGCUCAAGUCUGUCCUGCCAAAGCUUACCUCUUUGCAUCAUAAAUCAGAGAGUUGGGAUGAUCAUAUACGUAUACUGAAGAUAAUCACAGACAUGUUCCUCCCUCAUAUCGGUUUGUCCGAGCUGGAAGAUGAGUGCUUCUCCAAGAUCUUGCCAAAGGCAGUGACCAUGUUUGACAACAUGAUGAAAGAAAUCUUGGUUCAAGUUGGGGGACUGUCCAGUCAAAACACAGAACUGUGUGCUUUACUGAGGAACAUUCUUCAGUCAAUGAUGCAGAUAAUUGAUGCACUAUCCUCUUGUGUGCGUCACGUUGGCACAUUUGAGGAGACCCCUGAACUGGUUGCAAUCCGCUCCUUACCAACUUGUAUCCUGAAAGUCUUGAGGGAUACAUUUCUGCACUGCAAGGAGAGUGAGGUGGUGUACUGUGGCCGUCUGUCCCUGGUGGCUGACCUGCUGCAGGGACUCUUUAAGGAGGCCUACUCCCUCCAGAAGGGCCUGUUGGAGCUGCUGGACAGGAUCUCUCUGGACAGCAGUGCCUCAGAGGAGGAGAUCUCUGAUGUUGUUACAGUAAUUCAUAGCCUCCUGGAUAUCUGCUCCGUCAUCUCUAAGCUGGACAUGGCACUGCAUGCAAACACAUGGAAAUUCCUCGUCAAACAGAGUCUGAAGUACCAGUCAUUGGUGGAGGAACAUCUGCAUCACGGUGACAUCAGCAGCAGCCUGUGUGACAACCUGCUGGUUUCCUUCAACAACAGUGUGGAGCUGGCUGAACAAAUUAAACAUGCUGAUCUGCAGGAGGCAACACAAAUCCCAGAACACAAACUAUUCCAGAAAACUGCAAAGAUGUGCAGAUUUUUUGCCAACACUCUGGUUCAUUACAUAAAGGAAUUCAGAUGUUUUCUGACAAAGUACUGUAGCUGCUUUCAUCAACUCUACCUUCAGGUCAUCAGUAAAUUCCCUCCCAGCUUGUGUGCUCCAACGCUGCCCUCGACUCUGUCCGACGAGCUGAACAUGGCGGCUCUGGUUCCCAUGGAUGCACUUCUGUUGCAGCUGUUGCCUUUAAGGCCUUUUGCUGAAGUUGUUCUCCAGAAGGACCUGCGGUUAAAACCUGAGCAUGUGCUUCCUCAGUGCCUUUUGCUAGUGAACGUGCUGAGUCAGCUUGCCUCACAACCAGAAGAGGUGCUUCAGCUUUGGUACACCGGCAGCAAAUUCUCAGAAGAGACACCCAGGCUUCCUCUCUACCAGGCCAUGUUCACGAGUUUCCGGCAUUGUUAUACUGAGCGGAAAGUGCCAGUGUUGCUGCCAGGAGUGAUGAUGAAGGGUCAGGCCCAGGUCCAGGUGACUUUGCACCACCACAUCUGCGUGCAACUCUGUGCCAGUGUGGCUGCACUUCCUCCAGUGUACUUCCCCGUGCUGGAGUGUUGUUUGGCUGAUGCUGUACUGCAGGCUGACACACAGACAGCUUUACUGGCAACAGAUGUGUGGUGCUUUACAGCACGGUAUGGAACAGCAGAACUUUGUCUACAUCAUGUCCUCCUCAUUGCUAAGCUGGUGAAAUCUUGCGCCACAGAGUGUUACCAGUUGUCCCACUUGGGCAUGCUGCUCAGACGUAUGGUUUUCCUUAUGACGCCGAAUCACCAGAUGGAGUUGGUGGAGCGUUUCCCCCCAUCUGAGUUGGAAAACCUUCCCGUGUGGCGUCAUGUCCUCUUCAGAGCUCUUUCACAUGAUGUCCUUCGCCGUGUAGAGAGUGACAUUAUUGCCCUUUCUCAAAGAGUUCUGACCGACUGGCAGAGCGGAGGAUACAAACUAGGCCAAGUGGACAAAGUGAACGUGAUACUGUUUGCCCUCUUAAUGGUCGUUCAAGGGCAAUCAUCUCCUGAGGAGCAGUGCAAGUUAUCUGCAAAAAGAAUAGUAACACAGCUCUGGUUACGAAUGAGUCCAGAUCAGGUACAGACCCACCCUGAGCUCCAGUGUACUCUGCAGCUGCUCCUGUCUAUAUCAGCUAUUUUGGUGAAAAACAUUGAACCCCAAGUCAUUUGUCAGGCUCUGUUGUGUGUAGAUGCUCUGGUGUCUCGGAAGUGUGCAGAUCAGCUGCUGCUGGCAGCUCUGGAGUUCCUUGCAUCGCUGGGGAAGAUCUUAGUCCCUCCUGACAGCCAGAGUCAAAUUUUGCCAAGUUUGAGCAGCCUGUUUGGAGUUCUGCUGGCUGAGAGGUCCUGGCUGCUACAUCAGCACACCCUGGAGGCAUUUUCUCAUUUUGCAGAGAUUACAAACCACGAAGAAGUAAUUUCCCAGAGUUUGUGUGUAGAGGAAACCAAGAACAAGGUGGUGAAUUAUCUUAGCAAGACUGUGAAUGCACAGGAAGAUGUAGAGUCACGGCUCGAGAGGCUAAAGCUGGAGACUCCAGUUAUUGAGCAACACAAUGAAAGGCUGGAAAACAGCAAAGUAAAUGUUUCCAACGUAUUGGCUGCAGAAGCGGUUGCUAAUUUGGAGCCCUCCCCUAAGAGAGCCCGGCAGGAGACUAGUGCAGAGGAGGAGUACAGCCGCUACAUCCAGACAGCAGAGUGCGCUUUGAAAGCCCUUCAGGCGCUCACUGAGGGCAAAGCCAAAACUACUGAACCACCUCCACAGUGGCUGGAAUCCAGACUGCAGGAGCUUCAGACCCUCAUAACCCACAUCAGAGAAGCCAGUCAAACAUCCUAACCUUUGUUUUCUAACCAAGAUUAUUUGUUUUCUAUGUAGAAAAACUAUUUAAUCGCAGUCUGGGUCUGUGAAAGUAUGCAUACCCUUUGUUGCUGCUGAGAGUAGUUCCUCUUCACGUUUUAAAAUUAUUGUCAGUUUUGAUUGAUGUUUAAUAAAAAA